GUUAGUUGAAGCUGCCCUCCACAACGUUACCUUCGCGGUCUGACCGAGAAAUAAUGAUCGCUGAGCAACAGCAGCAGCAUCAGCGGCGGCAGCGGCGACCGCAUCCCGGGCCCAUGCAGAGCAGCGCUCCCCUGCUCUGUCCGUGAGCCGUGAGCAUGCCACCGCUCCGGCCUCUUCUUUCCAGCCGCACCGACACUCGUUCACCAAGAUGUAUUUCAACCGGAGAGCCAAGAAGAUCCACAGCGAGGGAGAGCAGUUAGUGUUGACCACCAUUAGGCAGGACUCUUCUGAGCUGCAGGACCCAGGCCAGGGUGCCGGUGCUACCAUGCGUGCCCGCCUCACAGACAGGUUUGACAAAAGACCUGCUUGCUCGUCCGCCGGUUACCGCAAGGCAGAUGAUGAGAUGUCCGGGACCACUUCCCAGGCGGAUCCAGUAGAUGCCACGGCGCGGACGGUGCUCCUCAACCGGCCUCAGAAUACCAAGUUCUGCGACAACCAUGUCAGCACAACCAAGUAUGGGAUCCUCACCUUUCUGCCACGGUUUCUGUACGAGCAGAUCAGACGGGCUGCCAAUGCCUUCUUCCUGUUCAUCGCACUCAUGCAGCAAAUCCCUGAUGUGUCACCGACUGGUCGCUACACCACGCUGGUCCCACUUAUCUUCAUCCUCACAGUGGCCGGGAUCAAAGAGAUCAUAGAGGAUUAUAAAAGGCAUAAAGCAGACAACACAGUCAACAAGAAGAAGACAACAGUGCUGCGGAACGGGGCAUGGCAGACAGUAAUCUGGAAACAGGUGGCAGUAGGAGACAUAGUGAAGGUGACUAAUGGCCAGCACCUCCCCGCUGACAUGGUUAUAGUGUCCUCCAGUGAACCACAGGCCAUGUGUUACAUUGAGACCUCUAACCUGGAUGGAGAAACCAACCUGAAGAUCAGACAGGGUCUCCCGCUCACAGCCGGUCUUCAGACCUUGGAGGAUUUAAUGGGACUGUCCGGUCGUCUGGAGUGUGAAGGCCCCAACAGACACCUGUAUGACUUCACUGGCACACUACGGCUGGAAAACCAGAAUCCGGUCCCUCUGGGCCCAGACCAGGUGUUGCUGCGUGGGGCCCAGCUCAGGAACACACAGUGGGUUGUGGGAAUAGUCGUCUACACUGGCCAUGACUCCAAACUGAUGCAGAACUCCACCAAGGCGCCACUGAAGCGCUCUAAUGUGGAGCGGGUGACCAACAUGCAGAUCCUGGUUCUGUUUGGCAUCCUGCUGGUCAUGGCACUGGUUAGCUCUGUGGGCGCAGCCAUCUGGAACAGAGAACACACAGAUGAUGCCUGCUGGUACCUGUCCCGAGCCGGUGACAUCUCCCUGAACUUUGCAUAUAAUCUCCUGACGUUCAUCAUCCUGUACAAUAACCUGAUCCCCAUCAGCCUGCUGGUCACUCUGGAAGUGGUUAAAUUCACACAGGCCCUCUUCAUUAACUGGGAUGUGGAGAUGUACUACGCAGAAACAGACACACCAGCCAUGGCACGAACGUCUAAUCUUAAUGAGGAACUGGGCCAGGUCAAGUAUCUGUUUUCCGACAAGACUGGAACUCUUACCUGUAACAUCAUGCACUUUAAGAAGUGCACCAUAGCCGGGAUAACAUAUGGCCACUUUCCUGAUCUUGACUGUGAGCGUUCAAUGGACGACUUCAGCAACCUGCCAUCCAGCAGCCAUAACUCCACAGAGUUUGACGACCCAACUCUCAUUCAGAACAUCGAGAAGAACCAUCCUACAUCACCUCAGAUCUGCGAGUUCCUGACAAUGAUGGCGGUGUGCCACACGGUGGUUCCAGAGAGGGAGGACAACCAGAUCAUCUACCAGGCCUCGUCCCCGGACGAAGGAGCUCUGGUCAAAGGAGCCAAAGGACUGGGCUUUGUCUUCACGGCUAGGACGCCACAUUCGGUCAUCAUUGAAGCUAUGGGAAAAGAGAUGAGCUAUGAGCUACUGAAUGUGCUGGAGUUUUCCAGUAACCGUAAACGCAUGUCUGUGGUGGUCAGGACACCCAGUGGGAAGCUACGACUGUACUGCAAAGGAGCUGAUAAUGUUAUUUUUGAACGUCUGACUGAAGCAUCUCAGUACAAAGAAUUAACAGUUGCUCAUCUGGAACAGUUUGCUACUGAAGGCUUGAGGACGCUGUGCUUUGCAUACGUGGACCUGGAGGAAGAAGCCUAUCAGGAGUGGUUGAAGGAAUACAAUUGUGCCAGCACCAUAAUCAAAGACCGUGCUCAGAAGCUAGAGGAGUGCUACGAACUGCUGGAAAAGAACUUAAUGCUGUUGGGUGCCACAGCCAUCGAGGACCGUCUCCAGGCUGGCGUACCAGAGACCAUUGCCACUCUGAUGAGGGCUGAUAUCAAGAUCUGGGUCCUCACAGGAGACAAGCAGGAGACUGCCAUCAAUAUAGGUUACUCCUGUCGCCUGGUGACACACGGCAUGUCCCUCAUCAUCGUCAAUGAGGACUCUUUGGAUGCUACUCGUGACACGCUGACAGCUCACUGUUCAUCCCUUGGCGAGUCUCUGAAGAAAGAAAACGAGCUGGCACUGAUCAUCGAUGGCCAGACACUGAAAUAUGCCCUCUCCUUUGAGCUCCGCCAGGCCUUCCUUGAUUUGGCGUUGUCCUGCAAAGCCGUCAUCUGCUGUCGCGUGUCUCCGCUGCAGAAGUCAGAGAUCGUGGAUAUGGUGAAGAAACACGUGAAAGCCAUCACGCUGGCGAUAGGCGACGGCGCGAAUGACGUGGGGAUGAUUCAGACAGCUCACGUUGGAGUGGGGAUCAGCGGCAACGAGGGCAUGCAGGCCACCAACUCUUCCGACUACUCCAUUGCACAGUUCUCCUACCUGGAGAAGCUUCUGCUGGUUCACGGGGCCUGGAGCUAUAACCGUGUCACAAAGUGCAUCCUCUACUGUUUCUAUAAGAAUGUUGUCCUCUACAUAAUCGAGCUCUGGUUUGCCUUUGUGAACGGGUUUUCUGGCCAGAUCCUCUUUGAACGCUGGUGUAUAGGCCUCUACAACGUGAUAUUUACCGCGCUGCCUCCGUUCACUCUGGGGAUUUUUGACCGGCCGUGCAGCCAGCAGAACAUGCUCCGCUUCCCGCAGCUCUACCGAAUAACCCAGAACGCCGAGGGCUUUAACACCAAAGUGUUCUGGGGGCACUGCAUCAAUGCACUGAUUCAUUCAAUUAUUCUCUUUUGGUUUCCACUCAAAAUGUUAGAGCAUGACUCUCCCUUCAGUAAUGGUCAGGGAAAUGACUACCUGUUUGCAGGAAACAUGGUCUACACAUAUGUGGUAGUUACAGUCUGUCUGAAAGCUGGAAUGGAGACCACAGCUUGGACCAGGUUCUCUCACCUGGCGGUAUGGGGAAGCAUGGCGCUCUGGAUAGUCUUCUUUGGUGUCUACUCCGCCAUCUGGCCCACCAUCCCUAUUGCUCCUGACAUGCUGGGCCAGGCUGGCAGGGUGAUGCAGUGCUGGCACUUCUGGCUGGGCCUGGUCCUGGUGCCUGCUGCGUGUUUACUCAAAGACUUCGCUUGGACGGCCGCUCGUCGCUCUGUCAGGAAGUCUCUUCUUGAGGAGGUACAGGAGCUGGAGGCGCGGUCCGUUGACCCAGGGGCAGCUGUACUUAGAGAUGCCAGCAGCCGCAGUCUAAACGAACGGGCCCAUCUGCUGACAAGAGUCUUUAGGAAAACGCCUUCAAGUGUAGGACGCUCAAACUCUGUGCAGCAGACUGUGUCACAUGGCUAUGCCUUCUCUCAGGAGGAGCAUGGCGUGGUGUCUCAAUCCCAGGUAGUGCGCUCUUAUGACACCACCCGCCAGCGCCCCAGCCUCUAGCCCCUUCCCUGAUCAAAGCUUUGGCUCACCGAAGCAAGAAUUUGUCAAGGUGACAGCGGAGAUGGACUUAAGUGACACCCUCACACCGGGUGACUGACCCCUGCUGUGGCCUUACUGGAACUGUGACUUGACCCCUCGCCCAGGCGUCAUGGUCAGGCAUGGAGGCCGUCGCUGGUGCAUGGAGGACUGACUUGGGAGAAGGGACCAGGCUGGAUAUACAUUGUUUAAACUCACAAAAGCUACACAGGCAUGAGCAAUCAUAUCCAUGCACAGAAGUGACAAGUCAAACUCAGAGACUGCUACUCAUAUCUGUAUACCCCUCAGACUGGGUUUGCUUUAUGCCAGUGUGUGUGUGUGUGUGGGUGUUUGGGUGUGUGCGUGUGUGCGCACGGGCACGCGCGCGUGUUCCAGUGCGUCUCUAUCUGCCUGUGCAUGUGUGUCUGCACGCAUUGCCGCUCCUGUGUUUGUGUGCAUGCGUGUGUUGAUCCAUGUGCGUUCGCUUCCAUAGUUCCCUCUCAUUUCCUGUCUGCCGUCACAUGCCGAUGUGGAAUGGGAUGUCAAAAUAAACGCGCACUCACUCGCGCACUCACACGCAUACAGACGCGGAUGAAUUCCUUAAAAUUAGAGGGUGGGAAGCAUAGACCGAAGAUCUGCCAGAGCCCUGCACCCCAGCUACAGGCCCCCCUUCAUUCCAUCGCAGCAUCAAGCCUCACUGCCAAACACCAUAGAGAUGCCACUGAGGCAGAACGCUCACCAAACCGGACCACAACCCUGCUGCAGCCCCUCCUACCCCAAUGAGACCUCCUCUUGCUUAGCUCUCCCUUCAUUUCUUCUUUCUUAUCUCUCCAUCUCAUAGCCGCUUUGCAACCUCCAUGUCUCUCUCUUCCUUCUCACAAAUUUGGGGAAAUUAUUUUAUUUCUGACUGCUCCUGUGACUCCUGAUGCCGCCUGUCUAGCGACGUAGCAGCAGCAUGCCUGGCAUUAGCGCUUCCUCUUUCAGUUCUGUUGGAGUUCCACUCUUUACUGGACUAUUUCUUUCUCUCUCUCUCUUUUUUUAAAUUAAGGUGGACAUCAAUGUGUAUUUGUUUAUAAUUUUUUCCUCUUUUCAUUAAUGCCUGUUUUUUUGGGGGGUUUUUUUGUACUCAUAUGUGAAGACAUGUCUUAGCAGGAAUAUUUUACUUGAACUCGCCCUAAUAGGCAUCCAAACAGAAGGGAUUUGAUUGAGACACUCAUGUGGAUCAUGUGUUUUUCUGGCUCUGGGAUUUGUCUGAAUGUGGAGUCCAUUGUCUGUGAGCUCUGUGUUGAGGACACUCUGGUUUUAGGAAUGCAAAACUGAAGGGGUUGGGAGAGAGGGGUUGUCCAUCUGAGUCCUAAUCAUUAAAUCUAAUCAAUUCAUGGCCUGA